CCGUUGCGUACGUAAGUGUUGAAAUUUAAAACGCGCACGAUGCCGAAAGUUUCCCCAAAAAAACGGUCAAAAUCGAAAAGAGGCCUCGCAGGCCAAUUAAAAGUGAUUAAAAAUAUGCUAUCACGCUUAGAGAGGAAAAUAAAUUCGGAAGAAGAAUCUGAUUCAUCAUUAUCGGAUGUAUCAUCUAUACAAUCAGGGACAAUCAUCCCCUUCACCAACAUCUUUCCCUGGUGGCCGGGAAAUUAUCUGGGAAUCGCUAAGGCUUAAGGGUAUACCAGAAUCGACAAUCCCAAUUAUGCUUUCCUCCAUACAAGAAAACACAUUAAAACAAUAUAGUACUUGUUACAAAAAAUGGUGGCAGCACUGUACAAUAAAAAAUAAAAAUCCUCAUUCUAUGAACUUUAAUUCAAUAUUAGACUUUAUAGUCGAACAAUUCAAUCUGGGCCUUUCUUAUUCAUCCCUAAACUCAUACAGAUCAGCUUUCAUACUAAUUUUUACAUUUAAUGAAUCAGAAAAAAAAAUUUUAAAAAGAUUCUUUAAAGGACUAUACAAUAGAAAUCCGGUAAGGCCUAGAUAUUCAGCAACCUGGGACCCACACCCAGUACUGGAAUAUUUGUCAACGCUUUUUCCCUUAGAAUCCUUAUCGUUUAAAGAUCUAUCUCUUAAAUUAACAACUUUGUUGCUUUUAACUUCAGGUCAAAGAAUUCAAACUCUCUCUAAAAUAACUCUAAAGAAUAUUAAACAAAAAUCUGACGCUAUUGAAAUUCGCAUUUCAGAUAGAAUCAAAACAUCUGGCCUAGGUAAAAAACAACCGUUUUUAGUUUUCCCAUAUUUUAAAAAUAAACCUGAGUUAUGUAUAGCUUCAACAAUAAAACAUUAUAUUAAAGUUACAGAAACACGCCGUCGUUUUAUUAACACACUUAUAUUAACUCAUAUGAAACCAUACCGCCCUGCAUCAACGCAGACAAUAAGUCGAUGGGUAAAGGAUGUCUUGGGAAAAAGCGGGAUAGAUACAGAUAUUUUUAAGUCCCAUAGUGUACGUCAUGCAACCACAUCAGCCGCGUUUAGGUGUGGUUUAGAUAUAGAUCUUAUUAGAAUUACAGCCGGAUGGACUGAAAAAUCUACUGUUUUUAAUACAUUUUAUAACUUGCCUUUAUCUAAAAACUCAGCAGAUUUUUCAAAAUGUAUAAUAAACAACUGUACAUAAAGCUUGUUUAUUUAAUUUUUUUAAUGUAAUGUGUGCUUGUUUAUGUAAUGUUGUUAAAUUUAUGUAAAAUAUAUUAUUAUAUAAGUAUGAGUAUUAUAUCAAACUCAUAUUCAUAUUAUGUCAA